UUUUGGCGUGCAUUUCAUAACAAAUUUUUGUUCGCGUCUAUUCGAGUCGGAAAGAAGUCGGAAAAAUAUUCUAAAUUCUGUGAAAUUUUGUGUAUGAAUUAAAAAAUACACAUAAUCACGUAAAAAUCGAAAGGUUAGGUUGUUUCCAGUACGUGAAGUGUGGAAGCGGCAUGGAGGAAGUCAGUCGAAAACAGGUGGAAGGACUUAUUCCAACGAUAAAGGUAGAAGAGCUUAUAAUAUCGGACGACGUGUCCAGGGAAGGAGAAAUGCCACUUUCUAGCAGCAAUCGAUGCUCUAGUGAGCCGAUGGUAAAGAUCGCCCUGGACGGCGGUUCACCUGAUGUGAAACAAGAACCUGGGACGGACAUCACGGUUGAAGUUGAGGUUACAGCAGCUGGUAGAAAAAAUAAAGCUGCUAGCUCCAGCUCAAAAAAGGACAACACCGCUGUUGUUUGUGACUUCUGCAACAAGAAAUUCAGCACAAAAUACUACUUGAAGGAACAUAGAACAAUUCACACCGAGGAACGACCUUUCUCGUGCGAUAUCUGCGGCAAAACAUACCGCACAGCUGGGAUUUUGCACAAACAUAAGAGUAUCCACACAGAGGGUGGGGAUUUUGAGUGUGACAUAUGCAAGCGACAUUUUACCGUAAAAACAAAUUUGGUGGCUCACAUGAAAGCUCACCGCCCAGAUUGCCCACAUAAAUGUUUGAUUUGCGAUAGAACAUUCCGAUCGAAUUGUCGUCUCGUACAACAUAUGCGCACUCACACCGGUGAGCGACCCUUCAAAUGCGACAUCUGUGACGCAUCAUACAACAGACGUUAUCCUCUGAACUUACAUAUGGAGAGCCACAAGGUCGGGCCCACCCCAGACAACAACGAGGGUUUAAAGCCGAAACGGACAAAGAACAGCCGAAACGAUGGUUCACAGAAAUACAUCUGCGACAUAUGCGGUAAACAGUAUAAAAUAAUGAAAUCACUCCACUUACAUCAGAAGCUUCAUCAAAGCACCACUGUGAGGCCUGAGAAAAAAACCCAAAACCAACUGGUGCUCGAGUGUGCGGUUUGUGGAAAACCAAAUCUCAGUAGAACAAUGCUCAGAAGACACAUGAUUUGUCACAUUAAAGAACGUGCUUUUAAAUGCGAUAUUUGCGGUUCAUCAUAUAAGACAGCUCGAGAUGUAAAAGUACACCAGAGAACGCACUCCUCCGAGAGACCGUGUCAAUGCGAAAUUUGCGGAAAAAGGUUUCUUUUUCCUUCCGCAUUGAAGACCCACUUGAUGUGGCACAAUGAGGAACGGCCUUUCAAGUGCGAUAUUUGCGGUCAAUCUUUGAGGACAGAAUAUAAUCUAAGACUUCAUAAACAAACGCAUAUACGUGAAAAUAAAUGUUCGGUUUGUGGAAAAAAAUUCCGUUUUUCCCGAUUGCUCGUACAACACAUGCUAUCUCAUCCCGAUCAGCAAUUGUGGAAAUGUGAUAUUUGCAGUUCAGUAUUUGAUACAAAUGAUUUGUUGAAUGUGCACAAACAAGAGCACCAUCAGCCUAACAAUGAAAGCAUAACACCCGAGCAUCUUGUGACGCCUGUGACUGCUCCUUCAGAAGAACAAAUUUUCAAUUGCAAUAUUUGCGGGUCAUCGUAUAAAACAGCUAUUUACUUUAGAAAACAUCAGGAAAGGCACAACUCGGAGAGUGCGUUUAAAUGCGAAAUUUGCGGUAAGGAAUUUGCAUUUUCCUACAAUCUAAAGCAGCACAUGCUUCACCAUAAUAAUGAACGGCCCUACAAAUGUGAUAUUUGUGUUUAUACAUGCAAGACAAAGGCUGCAUUAAGGAUGCACGAGAGAUCACAGAAGCACCUGAAGCGACAAUACAACACAAAUGACGAUGACGAGCAGAGUGACCAGGCCGAUUCUCAGGGUGAAAUUAACGUAGGAGAAUUUGUUUCUUGUGUGAGUUUAACUGAAUAGACGAGUUUUAUUUAGCUCUUACCACUAAAAGUAACAAGUAAGUAAUGUUGUGUAACAUUGAUUAUUCGAAAAACUGUAUCGGCAUAUGUAAUGCGGUAUAUGUAAUAAACUGGCAUUUCGAGCAGGA